GCCUCCCCUGCAUCCUUGAAAAAGAAAUGACAGAAUGAAACGAUAACAUCUAUCUAACAGGUCCUUUUCAUUCCUACUCUCUGUUUGCCGACCCAAUGCUGUUUUUAUUCCUCCAAAUUCUUCUCUUCUUAAUUCCUACAGUUCCAUCAAAUCUACUCUCUCAGGCCACUUGGGUUACCGCCUGGAUCAAUACUAGCAGCCAGCCUGCAACCGUCAAUAUAUUGUAGACUAGAGGAGGUUCAUGGCUCAACGGCAAGAAGGGUGGCCUCUAGGCCUGCUACCGCUGAAGGCGAGAAUUGGGUUGGUGAGGAAUCAUGAUCUUUCUGGGUCAGUUUCUUCCAGUACUUUGCUCACUGACUCCCCAAAGUCUUCAACCCUUUCUUCCUCAGAUCUUGAUACUGAGUCGAUAGGAUCAUUCUUCCAUGAUAGAAGCAUUACCCUCGGAAGCCCCAUUGGCGUCUCCAACAUUCUGGAGAUCUCACAAAGAUCAACCAGGAGAAGAAGAGUGGAUAACAUAAAGGACCACAAGAUUUACAUGACUAGACCCUGGCCGUUCUCAUUAUGUUCAAAGCUAAGCACUGAUGCUGUGGAUACAAGCGCCGCCCCUCCAUCUCUAAGGCACUUUCUUGAAGCUGAGAGGAGAGCUGCUAAUGCUUUCAGAAGAAAUAAGAGUUCGUCUGCUCACAAGACUGGUGAUUUCUACCCGCUUAUGGCAGUUUGGGUGUAGAAGGUAAAAAGAGAGAAGGCAGGGAAUUGGGGCGUUGCAAUGGAUGUGGAGUCUCCAUGCUGUUUCCGUGUAUGUGUGGGAAACUGUUUAAUGGUGGCAUAUCAUUGAACAUUUUAUCUCUUUUUGUUUCUAGAGAUUUUAUUUCUAGAAUCCAGACGGACCUGAAUUUCUAAUUCUUCUAUUCAAAUUUAGUUUCCUUUUUUAUUUUUUUUCCCUGUAGGACAUUCUGGCA